AUGACGUUCAAGGCUGUCAUAUUCGACAUUGGCGGAGUUGUGGUCGGGAGCCCGCUGUUUGCAAUAAAUAAGUACGAGAAGGAACACGGCCUUCCAUUUCAGUACCUCAACGUGGCCAUCACCGCUCAAGGGCACGGCGGAGCUUUCCAGAAGUUUGAAAGGAGCGAGUUAGAUUUGUACACGUUCUAUCGUCGUUUCGGUGACGAGCUGAGCAACAUUGAAAAGAACAACGAGGCAUUCAUUAAAUUCUGCAAAAGCCGCGGCCAAGAGGUCCCAAAGCUACCCACGGAGCUGCAUAUCGAUGGACGAGAGUUAUUCGGACAGAUGAUGCAACAGUCGACACAAAUUGACCCAAGGAUGCGCAAAGCUAUUCAACGCUUGAAAGCUUCUGGCCAGUUCACGAUCGCCGCUUUGACCAACAACUUUGCCCCACCCACCGUGAUUCCAGGCGAAGGUAAAGGCAAAUCGGCGAAAGCGCCUUCGCUUGACAAAGAGCUGGAACAUCUGGGUCUAGGGGCAUCUCAGAAUGAGCUGCGAAGCAUGUUCGACUUUUACAUCGAAAGCGCUGUCGUUGGAAAGAGGAAACCCGAUCCAGAGUUCUAUCAACAUGCUCUGGAUCUUCUCAAGGUGCAAGCCUCCGAAGUGGUGUUCCUGGACGAUAUCGGACCGAAUCUCAAGGCCGCGCAAAAGCUUGGCAUCACCACUAUCCGCGUCAACUCGAACGAUUGUACACCAGCUCUGGCUCAGCUGAGUAAACUGACUGGAGUACAACUGCUGGACGAUGGUUCGAACCCUUCUGCCAAAUUGUGA